CCAAGGCUGUUUUAAACGUAUUGCCGGUCCGAGCUCUUUUGCCUUGAGCCCUCACUGUAAUCGACUUUAGAAUUCCGCUCUCUCUUCUUCACAGUAUUAAUUAAAACGCGAGUUCUUGGGCCUGGGGUGGGUGUAGCUCAGUUGUAAAGCCCUUGCCUGUACAUACCGAAUCCCCAAUGUGGGGGUCGGGGGAGGAGCCUGAAGUCUCCGACUUUUCCCAGAAAACCCUCCUCCAGAUAGAAGAGCUAGAGAAGCAGUUAGUCCUGGCCAACUCAGAGCUCACUGAAGCACGCACAGAACGGGACCAGUUCAGUCAGGAGUCUGGAAAUCUGGACGACCAGCUCCAAAAGCUAUUGGCAGAUCUACACAUGAGGGAAAAGGAGUUGAGUCUGGAGAAGGAGCAGAACAAGAGGCUGUGGGACCGAGACACGGGCAAUAGCAUCACCAUCGACCACCUUCGGUGGGAGCUGGACGACCGGAACAUGGAGGUGCAGCGCCUGGAGGCCCUGCUCAAGGCCAUGAAGAGCGAGUGCCAGAGCCAGAUGGAGCGGCAGAUGGCAGCGAUCCAGGGGAAGAACGAGAGUCUGGAGAAAGUGUCUUCCCUGACUGCGCAGCUCGAGUCCACCAAGGAGAUGUUUCGCAAAGUGGUGGAGGAGCUGACGGCCAAGAAGAUGACCCUGGAAAGCUCGGAGAGGACAGUGUCAGACCUGACGGCUUCCAUACAGGAGAAAGAGCGCGCCAUUGAGGCUACCAACGCAGAGAUCACCAAGCUGUGCUCCCUCGUGGACCUGGAGCUGCAGGAGCUGCGGCACCUGAAGACUGAGGAGGGCCUGCGGCAUGCGCAGUCUCAGUGCGAGGCCCUGCGGCUGCAGAUGGCGGAGAAGGACAAAGUGAUCGAGAUCCUGCGCCAGCAGAUUGAAAACAUGACGCAGCUGGUGGGCCAGCACGGACGCACCGCGGGGGCCAUGCAGGUAGAAAAGGCCCAGCUGGAGAAAGAGAUCAAUGACAGGAGACUGGAGCUGCACGAAUUUAAGAUUUUAAAAGAUAAGAAAGAUGCCAAGAUUCGGGAGCUUGAGGCUAGAGUGAGUGUCCUGGAGUUGGAAAAGGUGAAGCUGGUAAAUGCAGGCUCUGAGCGGCUCCGGGUGGUGAGGGACAGCAAACAGGAGAGGGAUCAAUUACUGAAUGAGGCGAAGAACAGCAGGAGCGAGCUGAACAACCUUUCAGGUAUGUUGCUUCAGUUCCAGUCCUACUACAGUACAGCAGUCCUGCUGGAGAAGGCCAUCCGAAACAUUUUUUUAAAAGAAGAGAAGAAUAAACUCAGUCAGGAGCUGAGCACUGUUGCGACAGAAAAAAAUAAGAUGGCCGGGGAGCUGGAAGUUCUGCAGUCUCAAGAACGCCGCUUGAAAGAAAAGGUUGCUAAUAUGGAAGUUGCUCUUGAUAAGGCAUCUUUGCAGUUUGCAGAAUGUCAAGAUAUAAUACAACAUCAGGAGCAGGAAUCUGUACACCUAAAACUUCAGCACAUUUUGGAUGUAAAAGAGCUUCAGGGCCCUGGAUUUACUUCAAAUUCUUCAAUGAAACCACGUCUGCUCCAGCCAGCCUCUGUUGCCCGUGCCCAUUCUAAUGUACCAUCUUCCCAGUCUACAGCCAGCUUCCUUUCACGUCACUCUGGGAAGACCACCACACUAAAGGAAGACCCCACAAAGGAUCUGAAACAGCUUCUUCAGGAGCUGAGAAGCGUGAUCAAUGAGGAGCCAGCUGUGCAGCUGAGCAAGGCAGAGGACAAGGGGAGAGCACCGUCGCUUGGGGCCUUGGAUGAUAGGGUAAGAGAUUGCAUCAUCGAAUCAAGCCUGAGAUCAGACAUAUGCCAUAGAAGCAACAACUCAUUAAGGGACUCCAUGGAAGGGAGCAAGUCCAGUGGAACUCUCAGCAGGGAGCCAGUCCUGUUACAUGCAGAACUGGAAGAUCCAUCAAGUUGCUUCACAUUCCCGUCUACAGCGAGCCCAUCUGUGAAAAACUCAGCUUCCCAAUCAUUCACUUCCCCUAAGAAGUCUCCAAUGUACUCGCUGCUCACGAAUUCAGCUGAAGAUUCAGUAGGUUCCUCGACACAGUACAGAUCCACCAAAACUGUUCCCUCACCUGAUUCUGCUAAAGAUUCACAGUCUCCGCCAGUAGAAACAACAGGGAAAAUAUGCAGGAAACUUCAGAAUAUAUUGGAAAGCUUGCAAACCCUGGUAGAUUUGCAGCUGAAGAACCAAGCAAUGUCUUCAAUGAUCAGAAAUCAAAAGAGGAUACAGAAGGUGAAGGACCAGGAAAGAAAUGUUGCUAAAAUGACACCUUACUUGCCUGUCUUUACAGAGGGAUGAUGUCCCAUCCAUUGUGAUGUUACUUAUAAUUAGUGCCCUGUGUACUUUUUUCUUUUUAUGUGAAAAUUUAAUAAACGAUACCCUGUCCUGUAAACUGUUUUGAGAAUUUUGAAAUAAACUAUUCCUGAAUGCUCUCACACUAAAACUAUGAACAGUACUAGCAUGAUUUGAAAAUAUUCAUAGU